AUGGAGAAGAUUUUUCGUGUACUACCUUACACAGAAAGACAGAAGGUGACCUUCGCCACAUUCACCUUCAAAGACGAUGCACAAGAAUGGUGGUUGCUUACCCUGGAGAGAGAAGAUAUCGUGACUUGGGCAAGAUUCUUGAAAGUAUUUUAUGAAAAAUACUUUCUAGAUUUGCUACGGGAACAAAAGGCGUCAAAAUUCAUACAUUUAAGGCAAGGAACCAUGACGGUGGCCGAAUACGAGAGCAAGUUCACGCAACUAGCUCAAUUUGUGACAUACGUCAUCCCCACCGAAGCUCAAAAAGCUAGGAAAUUCGAAGCAGGAUUGAAUGCUGAAAUCAAGGAUAGACUGGAGGUUUUGAAACUACCAACCUAUGUGGAAGUGGUGGAUCGAGCAUGCGCUACGAAAAAAAGGAUUAAAGCCUCGCGCUUCGGGGAACCGAACCAAAGGAAGCGAUUUUGA